AAUUUAAUUAAUUAAUAGAUGAACUGAUAAAUAAACAUGCGAAACUAGGUCAGUCAGUAUUAGGGUUUAACAACACAGCGCGGCUAAAUGCUAUACUGUUGAGCACUGCCGGCAGUUUCGUUUCGUUUCGUUUCGUUUCGUUGUUUAGCAAAUUCUAGAAGAAACCAAAAGCAGCACCAGUCAUGGCGGAAUCAGAGCACGACCACCACAUCUCACCGGAACACGAGGACCACAGUCAUAAGAAGAAGAAGCUUCGCAAGAGGAAAAGAUCUCGUAAACAAGAAGUUGAAAAACAACAAGAGGAGGAGAACAUUGAAAACGCAGAAUCUGAAGAAGAAGAAGAAGAAGAAGAGGAGGAGAAGAAUCAUGAACCACAACAAGGAGAAGAAGAAGAAGAAGAAAGAGACGGUGAUGACGGCGAAGAAGAUGAAGACAAAAAAGCGGAGACCAUUGUGUCUUCUGGAAUAAUGAGCAAAGAGUCUUUUUCGUCUCUAGGGUUAUCUCAACCUACUUCUAAGUCUAUAAAUGAUAUGGGUUUUAAUCGUAUGACUCAGAUUCAAGCGAAAGCAAUUCCGCCACUUUUGAUGGGAAAGGAUGUUCUUGGUGCUGCAAGGACAGGUGCUGGUAAAACACUUGCAUUUUUAAUUCCAGCUGUGGAAUUGUUGUACAAUGUUCAGUUCACUCCUCGUAACGGAACGGGUGUUGUUGUUAUUUGUCCAACUAGAGAGCUUGCCAUUCAGACACAUGCUGUGGCAAAGGAACUACUGAAGUAUCAUUCGCAAACUCUUGGAUUAGUUAUUGGGGGUUCUGGUAGAAAGGGAGAAGCUGAGCGCAUUGUUAAAGGGGUAAAUCUGUUGGUUGCAACGCCUGGUCGUCUUCUCGAUCACCUUCAGAAUACAAAAGGAUUCAUAUAUAAAAACUUGAAGUGUCUCAUUAUUGAUGAAGCAGACAGGAUAUUGGAAGCAAACUUUGAGGAGGAAAUGAAGCAGAUCAUUAAUAUACUUCCAAAGAAAAGGCAAACAGCUUUGUUUUCGGCCACACAAACAAAGAAGGUUGAGGAUCUCGCCCGCUUGUCUUUUCAGACACCUCCUGUCUAUGUUGAUGUAGAUGAUGGGAGAAAAAAGGUCACAGUUGAAGGAUUGGAGCAGGGCUAUGUUGUUGUUCCCUGUGCCAAGCGUUUAGUUGUUCUAUAUUCAUUCUUGAAGAGAUUUCAAUCCAAAAAAGUGAUGGUUUUUUUCUCUUCGUGCAACUCUGUCAAAUUCCAUGCCGAUCUCCUUAAGUUCAUUGGAUUAGACUGUUUAAAUAUUCAUGGAAAACAAAAGCAGCAUGCCCGGACAACUACCUUCUUCAACUUCUGCAAAGCAGAAAAGGGGAUCUUGCUCUGUACUGAUGUUGCUGCUCGUGGACUUGACAUUCCUGAUGUGGACUGGAUUGUGCAGUAUGAUCCACCUGAUGAACCAAAGGAAUAUAUCCACAGAGUUGGUAGAACAGCUCGUGGGGAAGGUGGAAAAGGAAAUGCUUUACUUUUCCUGAUUCCUGAAGAAAUGGAAUUUCUUCGCUAUUUGAAGGCAGCAAAGAUUCCUGUGAAAAACUAUUUAUUUGAUGAUAAAAAGCUUUCAAAUGUACAAUCUCAGCUGGAGAAGAUGGUGGCCAGCAUUUAUCAUUUGAACAGUAUGGCUAAAGAGGCUUAUAGGUCAUAUAUAUUGGCAUAUAAUGCACAUUCUAUGAAGGAAAUAUUCAAUGUUCACCGGCUUGAUUUACAGGCUGUUGCUACUUCAUUCAGUUUUACCAACCCACCAAAGAUAAAUCUGAACAUAGACAGCAGUGCUUCAAAGCAUAGGAAGAAAAUUCGCAAAGUAGAAGGAAGAAGACAUUGAUUCGGUGAUAGCAAUAUGCAUACUAUAAGCGGCAACGUGAAACAUUAUUUGCAGUAGACAUGUUACAGCUGUGUAGUGAUUCUCCUCAUCUCCCUCCGACAUACCCCCCAACAAAGUUUUGGUAGGAAUCCCAAUUUCAUGUAGUGAGAUAUAUUUAGCGGCUCUGUCAAACACUAAAUUAUUAAAGUGAUUAGAAGUUUAAAACUUGAAUGUUAUGUGCAAUUUUGAACUGCAAUAGUUUGAAGUUUGAAUGUUAUGUGCAAUUUUGAACUGCAA